GGGGCUCGCCAAGUCAGUGUUGUAUCAGACGUCGGUGAGGGAGGUUGUGCUCACGUAUCUCUGGCGGGCCGCUAGUGGUGUCUGAAGAUACGCGCGCUGCCCCAUUGGAUAAUCUCGGGUCCCGUCCGUGAGGUGGCGUGUCAGAGAUAUACACGACGCUCGCAUCUUGAUAUCGAAAGCGUGGAAUUGGCUAUCGCGAGUUUUGAGCGCGGUAUGGCUCAGGGACGGUACUGUUUAGUGGACUUGAGUGUCGCGGGUCAAAAGUUUGUCGCGGACUUGAGCAGGAGGCGAUAGUAGCGGGAUCCCGUCUGUGGCCACCUCCCCCUCCUGCCGGGAACGACUGUCCUUCCUCGGUACUCGUGCAAAUAUAUACAAAAGAGGAGGAGAUUAAGAGGAGCAAGAAGAGUACCCGUGUCCUCGCGUCGUCCAUCCACGCAGCAAGAGGCGGUGACGGAAAACGAGGAAAUAAUUGUAAUAAAGACGAAGUGAAAUCUAAACCACCAAAAAAAUUAAAUAAAAAAAAAAUUAAAAAAAGAAAUUGUGCCAUACAUGAAAGUUAAAUAAACUACGACAAAAUUAAAGGAAAGAAAGGGGUUGGAAACGUAAAUAACUUAGCAGCAAAGGACUAAAAAUCAAAGCAAAAGGAAGGAAAAGACAAGAAGUGAAUCAUAAAAAAAUUUAAAAAUAAAUAAAUAAAAUAAAUAAAAUAAUGUGCCAUACUUCAAAACUUAAAUAGAUUACAACACAUUAAAGGAACAGACCAAAUAAAGAUACGUGAAUAAGAACUCAACGGCAAGGGAGCAAGUAAAAUCAAAACAAAAGGACAAAACAAGAACAACACGAAAGAAAACGAGACAAACAAAAAUAAAAAAAACAAGAACACAUUAAGGCGAACCCACGUAACAUAACCCACCAAGACCACCACCACCACAUCUUGCCACCCACGCCCACAGCAACCCCCACGCCCUCGCUACACGCCCACGCACGCCCGCACUCAAGAUGAAAGGCCGCGGCUGGAUAUGAUUGAUGUCGUCUCCACAGACUUCGCCAUAGAAAAUUAUGCACAGGUGGCCGGCGCUGGCGGGUCAUGGAUGGAGUGGGACGACCGCCGCCGCCGUGACGCUGAGGACCCCUGGCCGCCGCCCCGUCCCCCGGAGCCCCCUGCCUUCCCCGAUGACCCCUGGGGCGGCGACGACGAUUGGCACGAUGACUUCUGGAACGACGCCCCCUGGGAGGACGCCCGCCUCGAGAUCCCCCCGGAGGCUUAUGGAGGGGACGAGUAUGACUUCGGAGGAUGUGACUGCGGCGGACCUCCUCCCCCCAUAUUCCACCUCCCCCCACCUCCACCCCUCCCUCGUCUCCCUGAGGAGGAGGAGGAGGGUUCUGGCUGCGAUGCCCCGCCCCCUUCCGAGGUGUGCCCCGCCCUGCUGGUGGCGGGAGACGCACACACUCACCAGCGGCUCCAGCCUCCCCUGGCGGCGCUGGUGGUUGCCGCCGCCACACUUACGCUCGUCUUCAUCAUCGCAGCCCUUGUCUGCUGGAGGUACCGGAGGCAGCGUGGCCGGCGGGGACCCUCCAAGUCCUCGAGCGAUCUCACCAACGGCGUCAUUUACGAGGACCUUCCCUCCGGGCCCACACCGAGGGUGGUGCCCGCCGCCCACGGCCACCCCCGCGACACCCACACUCUGGCGCCCAUGGAGCUCCUGGACAUGAAACUGACGCCUCACGUGCACGCCUCGAGCUACGGCGGGGCGGAGGACGGCACCCCAGCCAUCCUGCAACAGUAUCAGCCCAGUCAGCCCCUCUCGCCUUCCUUCAACCCCACCCACACCUCCCCACCGUACUCCCCAAAGAAACCAUUCGAUACCCACCGCUCCAACAGAAGCUCGCAGGAGCUGUACAACCCGACCUACGAGGAAAUAUCAACGGCAGGAAGCGACACUACUUCCGUCAGCAGCGCCAGCGUCAGCUCCGAGGGCGCACAGCAACAGCUGGAGCGGCGCGGCGAGGGCCAGGGUCCGCCCAACAUCUGGUCUGAACCCGGUAGCUGUACGUGCUCUGGGGGCAGGCGAGCUCCACAGGGGAGGCGAGGGACUAGGGGCGGCCGCUCUCGCAAGCCCCGAGCCACCAGCAGCGCCACGAGCACGGGAACCACAGAGGGCAGUGAGUACCACGAGGCGCUGCUGCCUCAGCUGGUGCCCGCCAUGGGCCUGAAGGGCACGGCGCGGCACCCCACGCUGCCCUACACCAUUCAAGGCACCAGCGACGGCCGCACUUCCACUUCCUCUUCCUCUGACCUUCCGGUGGACCGCUGCCUCGCGCCCCGCGAACCGCGUUACUACGUGGGCGUGCCGCCCCCCUCCACGCGCAGCCCCAUCACUCCAGAUGGGCCGCUGCGGGGCCCCCCAGGACUCUUUGGCGGAGAUUCGGUGGAAGGCUCCUCUGGGGCGUCAACGUGCGGGGGUGAGCGGCCCUCGCCGACGGAACGUGGCCUGCCUCCCCUCCCCUCCCGCAGCGACCGGUACCGGAUCUACUUCAGCACGGAGCGGCGGCGCGGUAUGGAUGGGGCGCCGCUCCCUGUCGGCGCCCGUACCCUCAACCCCGGCACCAGAAAGCGGCAGCGGCGGCACGAAACCUCGGGCACGCGGGAGAGCGAGCCGCUGUACCAUGAGUUGUAACACACACACACACACACACACACACACACACACACACACACACACACACACACAGAAACACACACACACACACAGGGCGGGGGAGCUCACGUGUACACUCACACAUGCAUACACACGCACACACCCACUUGAGCACAUCCUCCUCCCACUAAUCACCAGUCUGGCUGCCGCCCGCGCCCCCACCCCUUCCCUGCCUCCCCGUCCUGCUCCCUCCCCGCCCCCGCCGGCUGGUCUUGGCUGCCUCACCUCACAUGUUUACUCACUACACCUCCCGCCCUCCCUCUCGCACCCUCCUGCGCCACUCCCUCCCGUUCUCUCCCUCUAGACGGUCAAUACACACAGACACUCUUAUAAGCUUCCCCCACAACCUACACCGUGAACACACCGAUGACACACACACACACACACACACACACACACACACACACACACACACACACACACACACACACACACACACGGUUACCUAAGCAGGCGAGGUGUUAUCAUUGUUUCAGUCACGCACGGAUACACUUGAAAAAAAAAUAACAUAGAAAUGGAGGAAAAAAAAACCCACAUACAUGAAGGAAUUAAUGACUGAUGGAACACUUUCAUUAAUUCAACUCGGAUAAAAACUCGACUAUUUUUGCUCCGUAACUUUGCUCCCUGUUCACUGUAAAAUGCUUCGUUGUGGCAUGGCAUCAUCAUCAUCUUCCCAUUCAGAAAUAACAACAAAACAAACACUACGUAUUCACUAUUACAACCACCAUAGGGUUUGAAAACAAAUAAUGACGCACCACUGUGAUAGUUCCGUUUGUUUGUAAGUGAAGCUUGGGAGUGUGUGAAGCUUGUAAGUGAAGCAAUUUCCUCCCUCUCUCCUCUCCCUCCUCUCCCACGUGCGUGCAUUGGCCGUGACAGAGGAAGGGCAGCAGAAGGCGCAGCAGGAGGGAGAGAGCGGGAGCUGCCUGAGGGAUGAUGGAGGAAGGGCUCAGAGAGUGAUGGUGAUGGCGGCAGUGAUAGUGACACGUGAUGGUGAUGGACGUGGCGGGUCAGAGAAAAGGACUUGAUGUUUGUGGUGAUGGACAAAGAUGGUGAUGGUGAUAAAGGAGCUUAGUGUAUGGGAGGAGUGAUGGGGGUUAUGGUGAAUGUGAUGUGAUGCGGGGGAUUUACGUCACCGUGGGAAGUAAUGGGUGUUAUCUGUUCACGUGUACAGGUGAGUAAUGAUGAUGACGAUAAGAUACAAUGACGUAAUGGAAGUCCCUCUGAUGAUGAAAGAAGAAUGACAAAGAAAAAAAAUAUAUGAGCAGAAAAUCAAAGUGAACACUCGCACACUGAAAGAAAACGAUGAAAAAUACUGCUAUAAAAAUUAAAAGACGAUUCGUUUCCUAAUUUGAUGGAAAGAAGGAUGCACAAACGAACAACAACUGCGCAAAGGGGGGAAGGGGAAAGGGGUACUACAUAAAGGGAGGGCAGUGCAGGGAGAGGUGAAGGGAGGGGUGAAGGAAUAGGGAUGUUCCGUGCGUUAUAAACCUGCAACUGACUGACUGCACAACUAGCAAUUAAUAAUGUAUAAAAGAAGUAAAUAAAACAUGGAACACCUGUAUCUCUCGUGAUAACACACAUAUCAUCUUGCUCCAUGGCUUGGUUUUUGUUUAUGUAUUGAUCUUAUCUUUCCCUCCUCUUCUCUCUUCUUUGUUUGGUAGGUGAUCUUCUCGGCCCCCACAGCCCUCCUCACUCGGUCUGUCACUGAUAGCAAUUACGCAUCCAUUCGUCUCCUUCACAGUGUACAUUGCAACACCUUCUCACCGGAUUAUAUAUUAUACAAACAUCUAUUUUCUCUCAAUGUCUCCUUCUCUACCAGUUUUUAUAAAUAUAAAUCUAUAUAUAUAGAUAUCAGUAUAUAAUAUAAAUCUAUAUAUACAUUAUACACCUUUAGAUACCAAAUGUCUUCUUUUCCUCUCUGUCCUUUUAAAGUCGUGUUCCAGACUGAGCCUCUGGGACGCUAACCUUCAUUCCAGCAAAGCCUCAAGACGUGAAGAAAUUGAUAUCCAUCUUUCCUCCAUAUUCUUCCUCCCUCCUCCUCAUCCUUUCCCCACUCCACAUCAUUUCCCUAAAAGCGCCUCUCCUUUACCUCUUCGCUCCAAAAAUAAAAGACAUACAUUCUUCCUUCCCAUUUAUUUCCCCAAAAACUCAAAUUCAUUGUAAAAAGUACCUAAUGUCUUUUUUUUUAUUAUCUCACUCGCUCUCACUCUUUCUCUAUUCCCUCUCAAGUCUUAACCCAUUUUUCUUUCCUCCUUGUUCUUACAAGUUAAAGAAUAUCACUCGCACCCUCCCGGCUCCCCUCCCCCCAAGUGUUCCAUUAGCUCCAUUGCCAACCGGUAUAGCUGCUUGUUCCUCUUGUCUGUUCACCGAUACGCUCACCAAUACAAUAGUGUCACGGGUUUAUGUACCACACUCGACCUCCUCUCUGUUCCUUGCGGACGUUAACUCUUUGUUGGUUCGUCUCUCGAGGUUCUAUUUUGCGUUGUUGUGAACCUUUAAGCACAAGGUGAAGCACUGUUACGUAUUUACACACACACCUACACACACCUACACACGCACACGGACAUACACACAGGCGCACACUACACACAAACGAAGCGAAAAGGGGAAAAAAAAUCAAAACCUAUACAACGACAAAGACAAAUUGCACACACUAGAUCCAUCUACAAAAAGAGUCUUUGAUCCUUUUGCAACACACACACACACACACACACACACACACACACACACACACACACACACACACACACACAUACACACACACUACACGAUAUAUAGAUAUGUAUAAGUUUGCAGUUACUAUAUAUAUUGUUUAAAUGGAGAGUUGGUAGUUAAGCGCACCAAUGUCAACUAUAGAAGAAAAAUACCAUAGAGUUGUUAUAAUCCUGUACAGAAGUGACCCCCUGACCCCCAGCAAGAGCUUACGUAUAGGAGCACCAGGGAAUUGGAAGACUGACUCUGUGGCUCUAUUUUUUAAAAGCAAGUGGAACACAAUUAACGAAAACGAGUUUCCAUGUCACGGGAAACCACUUAAAACUGUAGAUAGCGUAGAUAAAUGUGUGUGUGUGUGUGUGUGUGUGUGUGUGUGUGUGUGUGUGUGUGUGUGUGUGUGUGUAUGUGUGUGUGUUUGAUGCAAUACAGGCGUCAGAUCUGGCAAAAUUCAGACCAAAAUAAGACAAAUUGUGAUGAUAUUCACCAAGAGAUGAAUUGCGUGUGUGUAUAUAUAUAUAAUUCACUCGACUGCGAAUCGCUAGGGAAAAUCCUUCACGUGACGAGAGUGCGGGGAAAUACAGGAGGAAAUUUUGUAUGAAGCGUUCCAUGUGAUGUCAAUGGAAUAGGUUAUUAAAAUUGGGAUAUAUGAGAUAAAGUAAUGUGUGUGUGUGUUUCGAUAGAUUUCAUUACACUGAAUAUUUUGUAAUGGAGAUGAGAGGAUGCAAAAAAAGAGGUGAUUUAGAAGGAGGAAAGGAGAGAGAGAGAGAGAGAAAAGAAAAAAAAAGACAAAUCGGAGGAUGGAAUGUCAGAGGAAGGGAAGAAAAGAGAGGAUGGGAAAGAAAGGGAAGGGGACAAUGAGUAUGCUAGUCACCAUUAUAAAUAUUGCUAUAAUGAACAUGUACACUCACAGUGCACUGGAGAUUGGGGAAAUUCUGGUCAUUGUUCUCUUCAUUCCGAAGCGACGAGGCCACACCAACAUCCUUCCUGACGAGAGAGAAAAGAAAAAUGAUGCAAAAACCUUAGAAAAAAAUCACGUGAUUGUACUUAAAUAGAAAAAAAAAAGAUUAUAUAACAAAAAAAUAUGUACAUGUGAUACAUUUUCUACGAUUAAACGACUCAUGAA